AUGAUCAACCAACUCAACAGCACUCACAUCGAGUUUGAUCGCGACGAUGAUCCAAACAUCAUCACUCAUCGUCACUAUGUCAAAUCACGUACCUAUCCCAACCAUAACAAACACUUGAAUGCUACACCAGCAAAGACUACACAUAUAACAUACAACAGAAAGAAGACAGUACCACCGGGCUCAUUGCGAUCAGGACUAUUGUCAUUGUCACUCGGACCAAGGUUUCAACGACCGAUCGACAAGGGCAUACUGCCUGACACACUCACACGAUUGAGUCUUGAUGAUUACAAACAACCUUUGACUCCUGGAGCACUGCCCUCUAGUAUCAGAGUGGUCAACUUUGGCGAGGAGUACAACCAAGCGAUUGAGCCUGGUGUGUUCGACCCAGACUCACCGCCAGAGGUCAUUCAGUUUGGCAUGAUGUUCAAUCAACCCUUAUUCACAGAGCCACUAGGCACGCCCGUCCUUCCAACUGGCGUCAUCAAGCUUACAUUUGGCUACACAUUCGACCAACCACUGCUCAGUGGCACACUGCCGGAUACACUGGCUUUUCUCAAGCUUGGCGAUGAGUUUGACAGGGCCUUGCGUCCGGGCGACCUGCCCCAAUCACUUCGAUUCCUAAUGUUUGGCAGAUGCUUCAAUCAACACAUUGGCCCCAACAUACUGCCGAGCAACCUUCUCACGCUGCACAUGGGUCAACGGUUUGGCAAACCUGUCCUCCCAGGCUACCUACCCAGCACACUCAAGGAGUUCAAAAACUAUGCAUACUUUUGGGAUGACGAAGAGGAUGGUCAUGUCGAUGUGCCACCACUGGUCCCAGGAUGUCUUCCCGAGGGCCUGGCAUCACUAAUGGUCAAGACCCACCAACCUUUGCAAUUGGGCUUGCUGCCGAAUUCAAUGUCGAUCGUCCAGCUCAUUGGCAACUUCAACUCAAAGAUAGAGAUUGGCAUGCUACCUCUAUCACUCACCACUCUCUCACUUGGCGACGAGUUCAGACAGCCACUGGAGCCAGGCACCCUGCCUCCCAACCUCUCCUAUCUGUCGAUUGGACGUGGAUUCUCGGAGCCCCUGCGAGCGGGCGUGCUCCCAGCCAAUCUAUACUGUCUCACGGUGCACCUGUCACUCGAGCACGUGGUCGAGCCAUAUGCCCUGCCAGACAACCUGAGAGUGUUCAUCAAUGAUGGCAUGGGCAUGCCUCCUGUGCUGCCUGACUCGCUUUCUAUCAUGUACAUAUCCAAUGUUAAGACGAUCAUUCCACCAUUUGUCAAAUCAUUGGUGAUCAACUCUAAUUCUUUGGAGAUACCGACCAUCCCGCCAUCGGUCGAGUCUGUAUACUUCAUCUCACGGCAAGGACCUGGCGUACUGAGCAUGACAUUCCUGCCACAGUCGGUUACAUCUCUCGGCUUCCAGGAGUUCACCGAUCAAUACAGAUACAUUCCAUCGCGCAUCACCAAGCUGUCAAUACCACUGCACAAGUCAUUCUCGUUCAAGUUGCUGCCCAAAGGACUUCGACAUCUGAUACUCAAGACUACGCAAGGUGUCUAUGAUAUCUUCUUCUUUGAGACGCUGGAACAGAUGCAAGAACAAAAGAAACUCAAGAAACGCAGCAACAAGAACAAGGCAAUCAACAACUCGAUAUUGCUGCUACAUAAUGAUCGACUGGAAGGUGGAUUCACGAACGUCAAGGUACUCAAGAAGCAUCUUCAAUCAAUCGUUAUAUAA